AUGAAACAUAGGUUUACACAGAAGAGGAGCUGCGCAAAUUUGAGCAGGAGCUUUCUGCCCAGGAAACCAGCGGGCAGAGGAACUUCGGAACAUGAGCAGUUACAGCAACAGCAGAUAGUGCUGGAUGCUCAGAAGAAGGAAUACCAACAGGCUGUUAUGCAAAUGGAACAGAAAAAAGCCCAACAGACGGGAGCUGAAGCUGCUGCUGGUCCAAACGGGGAGCUGAAGUUUCAGCCUGAAGCACCACACGCAGAAUCAGAACAUGGUAAGUCUCGUCAAACAGACAUUUGCAGUGAUCGAACAUAGGUUCCCUGGCUGUUG